GAAUUUUACCAUGUCCGACAGUCAUUUAAUGCAGCAUUUGCCCACCAGCGGCAGCAGCCAUACGCAUCAAACCGAUUUCAUUCACUGAGUGGCCUCCCCGUAGAGAACAACAGGUUACCUCCCUGCUCUCUGUGAUGCUGCACAGCUAUGGGACAAAGGAAACAAAAAACCCUUAUGAAUCAAGGUUGCUAUCUAACAAAGAGCCAUAAAAUCCACAUUACCUUGGGAUCCUAAAGUAGGGCAACAUUGUAAAGACAGCACAUUUUUGUUAUUGGUUACAUGUUUUUUAAUCUUAUAAACUAUUUAUUGUAAACAAUUCACUCCUUAGACAAUAUUCUAAAGUGUUAAAUUAAGGAAGGGGAUGUUCUUCGGUGUUCAGUCAAGAUACCGCUAUCACUAUUGGCUAGUGGCUUGUAAGAAUAUUUUAGCUCUAAUGUUGUGCUUUGAGAGAGGCUUGUUGUGACAGAGCAGAGCUGCUGUAAAUAGCUAUGUGGAAUAAAACAUGCUCAUAACUGGAGGAGUUCAGCCCACCCCAGUGCAACUGGCAGGGCAGUCUUUUCUCCAGCACCCAGCCCUGCAGCAGCUCCACUGUGUCCUCAUGUGGCACUAGAUACUGACUAACUUGUCAGCACAGCCAGGAGUCGACAGAAGCUGCAUCUCCAGCUGCACCAUGACUUCAUCGGACAAUGAUGAAACAGGGAGUGACCUGUCUCUGGAGAUCCAUGAGCUCCAGGACCAGUACAUGGACCCAGAAAACUGCUUCAAGUCCAAAAGCUUACCCAUCCUGAAUGGAUCCUGUCAGCCGGAUCGAAAGGACGCAGAGCCUCGGCUGGUCAGCACCACCCACACCUGUGUGGCCAUGCAGGAGAGCAGUGAGCUCCAGCCAAAAACCCCAGACUCCAGCCAGGCGGAGUCUCCCUCCUCCAGGACAGACUUCUCCCCCUCUGUCUCCAGCAUGGUGGGUCUCAGCAGCCCUUUACCCGUGGAGGGCAUCAGGGCUGCUGGCUCCGGGGGCAAAAAACUUGGUUUCUCUCUCACACGCCUUAUCCGCAUCCCAGCCAGGAAGUAUGUGCAGGUCAUCCUUAGAGACUCGCGCUGCUUUCUGUUCUGCAUGUGCUACCUGACCUUCAUUCAGUCCCUGAUGGUUUCAGGCUACCUGAGCAGUGUUAUCACCACCAUUGAGAAGCGUUACAGUCUGCGCAGCUCUGAGUCCGGCCUGCUGGUCAGCUGCUUUGACAUCGGCAGCUUGCUGGUGGUGGUCUUCAUCUCCUACUUCGGGGGCAGAGGUCAAAGGCCACGCUGGCUUGCUGUGGGUGGUGUGGUCAUCGCUGUAGGGGCAGCAUUGUUUUCUCUGCCCCACUUCAUCUCACCACCCUACCAGAUCCAGGAGAUGAACUCAUCAGCGGGCCAUGAAGGCCUCUGUCAGAGCGGCAACAACAGCGGGCGUGAACUGCUCGAUGUGGCAUCGUGCCCUCGUGACCAGGAGGGCAACGAGCACAACCUGUAUGUGACUCUGUUCAUCUGCGCUCAGAUACUUGUGGGCAUGGGGUCGACGCCAAUCUACACCCUGGGGCCCACCUACCUGGACGACAAUGUGAAGAAAGAAAAUGCAUCUCUCUACCUGGCCAUCAUGUAUGUGAUGGGAGCCCUGGGACCUGCAGCUGGCUACCUGCUGGGAGGCGUCCUCAUCGGCUUCUACGUCGACCCCAAAACUGUAGUCAACAUUGAUCAGAGUGACCCUCACUUUGUUGGCAACUGGUGGAGUGGCUUUCUCUUGUGUAGCAUAGCCAUGCUUCUAGUCAUCUUUCCCAUGUUUGCCUUCCCCAAAAAGCUGCCUCCACGCCACAAAAAGAGGAAGAAGAAAAAGAUCGGCUCGCCCGGUGACAUGUCCAGCGAUGAUGAUGUGAUGAAGGAAAAGUCGAGUAGCAAAGGCCAGAACGUCUCCUCCUCCAUGGGCUUUGGAAAGGACAUCAAAGACCUCCCCAAGGCAGCACUAAGGAUCCUCAGCAACAUGACCUUCCUGUUCGUCAGCCUGUCCUACACGGCAGAGUGCGCCAUCGUCACCGCCUUCAUCACCUUCAUUCCCAAGUUUAUUGAGUCACAGUUUGGUAUCCCUGCCUCCAAUGCCAGCAUAUACACUGGUGUGAUCAUUGUACCCAGUGCCGGGGUGGGUAUUGUGCUUGGGGGCUACAUCAUCAAGAAGCUGAAGCUCGGUGCCAGAGAGUCAGCCAAGCUGGCCAUGAUCUGCAGCGGGGUGUCUCUGCUCUGCUUCUCCACACUCUUCAUAGUGGGCUGCGAGAGCAUCAAUUUAGGAGGCAUCAAUAUACCCUACACUACCGGUCCGACCCUGACGAUGACCCACAGGAACCUGACGGGCAGUUGCAACGUCAACUGUGGCUGCAGAAUCCAUGAGUACGCUCCGGUGUGCGGCUCUGACGGCAUUACCUAUUUCAACCCCUGUCUGGCUGGAUGCAGCACUGUGGGCAAUGACAGCACCGGGAUUAGGAACUACACUGACUGCGGCUGCGUGCAGAGCAGACAGGUCAUCACUCCGUCCUCCGGCGGCCAGGUCAACCAGCUCCAGCUGGUCAUUGUUAAAACCUACCUGAACGAGAACGGCUAUGCUGUGUCGGGGAAGUGCGACCGCACCUGCAACACACUCAUCCCUUUCCUCAUCUUCCUCUUCAUCGUCACUCUCAUCACCGCCUGUGCCCAGCCCUCCGCCAUCAUCGUCACACUCAGGUCUGUUGAUGAACAGGAAAGGCCGUUUGCUCUUGGGAUGCAGUUUGUCUUGCUCCGAACUCUUGCCUACAUCCCCACACCCAUCUACUUUGGUGCUGUGAUCGACACCACCUGCAUGCUGUGGCAGCAGGACUGCGGCGUGCACGGCUCAUGCUGGGAGUACGACGUCACCUCGUUCCGCUUCGUCUACUUCGGCCUGGCCGCCAGCCUCAAAUUCGUCGGCUUCAUCUUCAUCUUUCUCACCUGGUACUCGAUCAAGCACAAGGAAGACCGGGCCGAGCACUGGCGCCAGCACCUGCCUCCGCUGGGCACCGUCAGCGAGCUCAUCUGCCACGCUGGAGGCCAGAAAAGCCACGCACGCACCCGCUCCUGCCCCGUGUUCAUCCCGCCUCGGCCCGACCCGCCCGCCGCCCUGCUGCUCAACCGUGGCCACAGCAGCCUCAGCUGCCCCGGCAACGCCCUCAAAGCAAUAACCCCGCCCAUCCUGUUGCCACAUCAUCACAGAGGCUCUGCCCAUGUCUGAGAGCACACCAAGCCUCUCUCUGGGGUUCAUCAUGACAUGUGCCUUCCUGUUUGUGUUUCUGCACUACACAGUGUCUGCUUUCCACCAAUCAGACACCAGGCGGGGCUCCACAGCUGCUGUAGGACUGACAGGCAGAGAUACAGGUGCGCCCACCAUACUUAAAGGGCUGCUCAUUAUUGUUUAUAAUAACAGGAGACUGACAGAUGUUCUUUUAUUGUGAGCAUAUCAUCAGCUGCAGCCACACACAGCAUCCACACAGAAGGUCAGACUUCAAGGUUCGGACGAUGUAAAGACGUCACAUGGUGCUACUGUUAAAGGGCAGGGCAUUAAAAUCUCUGUACAGACAGAUGAGUCAUCAUCAAAGCACAACUGACGAACCUGUACUAUGCAAAAUCCUAUCUACAACUCCUCCCUUCUCUGUACUGUACAGCUCCCUCUGAAUUCUGUACCUCUUUCUUCUUCCCUGCUCAAUUCAGACAUACCACCAUGUUGUCGGUUCACAGUUUGCUGUGAACAUAUCAGCCUGUUCUACGUGUUCUCUUGUGUUGUUGUUUGCAUCUUCAGAAUUGACAAAAGUGGGAUUUCUUUUCAAUCCUGUCACUUCUUUUUUUUUUUCUUCCUUUUUUUUUCGUAACAGUGCCUCUCAGGCUGUCUCGGCCAGUCCAGUAUACAAAGCUAGCUACCAGGGUAAAUGCUAGCUACCGAAAAGCCAGUCACUGUCCUCUCAGUUGAGCAACAAUAUUCUGCUUUGUUGCCCUCAGCUUUUGUGUUUGAGAACAGUUGUCACAGAGCUCAAGGCAUUGCGCCCGGUGGACGAAGUUUCUCGCCUUGGCAAGGUAACCAUGUAGCUUAAAGCCGACAAGCAUCAAUUGUACAGUGUUAAAUGACUUCUAUGAAAGGUCAAGUCUUGUCAGCAAGAAAUCUAUAUUUCAUUACACAUCACACUACUUUAUUAUUACAGUGUGUAAUAAUUAGCCAAACAGCAAAAAGGAAAAAAGAAUAAGAAAGAUAGCUCAUCUCUGAUCAUGUGCUGAAGCUACUGUGUGUCCAAAAGAUGUGAUUGUACUUGAAACUGGAACUGUGAUGGAGAUUUAAGAAAAUGUGUCAAAACUGCUGUUUUCUUAACAAAUAUGACUCAUUUUUAAACACAACUUCUUCAAAGUAAAAUGAUUUGUAUCUAAUCUAUUGCAAAGGUCAACAAAUGAAAAGGGUGCAUCAUUUUGGCUUUGUAUUGUAAUGGCUUCUCCAUUCUAAUGGUCAUUAGAUGUACAUAGUAGCUAUCUAGUAGUCUAGGCUUUUAAAAAAGUAGUGCGCAAGCAUGUAAAACAGUGAAUGAACCUCCUUAUCAGCAAGAGUAAUCUGAUGUUGAUUUUUCAGUUCCUGGGUGUUUGGGGCCCUCUAGUGGACAGAGAUAAUUGCGUGAAGGCCUGUGAAUGUUGCUGUUUUUCAGACCUACUGUACUAUGAAAUUCUUGGUUAAAAGGUUAAUUAUUAAACUUAAUCACUGCACCAAAUUUAGCACUCCAGUUUGCCAAAGAUAUGCCUGAGCAAAAAAGAUGACCUGCUGUCUUUGACAUGUAUGCUGCAGGUCAGGUGACUUGUGCUCAUGUCAUUUUCUUAAGUAUCAUUAUGGAUUUACCUUCCUUUGAAUAGGACAGGUAGUGUUUGCAGAGAAAUAGGAGUGGUGGUAAUCUGGCUAUAUAUAUAUAUAUAUAUAUAUAUAUAUAUAUAAUCUCAAAAAGUGAACUUUUGCACAUGUUUUGAAAAUGUGCAAAAGAUUCUGGGGGAGGGGGGGUAUAAGUCUAAUAAAGUUAUUGUAUUUUAUAUUCUGAUCAGGUCGACUUCAUUUUAGUUAUUAAAAGUUUGCAAAGGAAUGGAGAAUCUGAUGCAGUGAGUACAUUUUAAAAGUUAACAUUUUUGGCCAAGAUUCAUGGUGUUCUGCCAGGUAAAGAUUAUCACGUGGUAAUGGCAGUGACUACUUUUUAGUAUUAUCGUGACUUAGUACCUCAAAUUACAUAUUCAUAAGUGAUUCAUCGUGUAACUACUGACAAAGCAAAUUUAACAUAUUAUAGAGCUCACAGAUAGUUAGAAGCAUAUUUAUGAACUAACCCAUGACAUUGUAGUUAAAAAGAAAAAAAUAAGACUUAAUGCUACAAAAAAAACAAACCGUGGAUUUGUCUCGCGGUGCCUGAACAGUAUUAUUCACAUGGGAAGGGUUGAGUUUAUCAUAUGGGGAGGGAGUUGGGUUAUUGCAAUGUAUUUUUUUCCUGUCAAGAGAACUACACAGUUAAAUGCUGAAGUUAUGCUACCCAGAAUGCCCUUCUCUCCAUCUGUAAUGAUUCUCUACCCUUCCUCUAGUGCUCCAUAUUUAUCACAUUUAUUUGUAUUUUUCAGUCUCAAAAAGGGAAUAACAAUGUAGGAUUAUUGAUCAGAUCCUCUGCUAACAUGACUGGAGAGCCAAACGUGAUCCUCGCUGAGUCGUCUUACAAUGAAAUAUUUAUUCCAUUCACCUAACGUUAUGGCUGCUUAUGAAAUUCUGUUCUGAUAAAAUACCAAAUGUUGAGUAAAAAUGUGUUUAAAUAGAUUAAAAGUUUUGUCUUAUACUUUGCAGACUCUUAAGCUUUUAUUUGACUCCAUUGCUAGGCAGAGCAGUUAUAUUUAAUAUUACCUGGUUUCAGGAAUAUUAACUAUUUUUUAUCAGAAUAAAAAAUAGUUUCUUACAAAAGCAAUAAGCUCAAGGCCAUGUUUCACAGUGAUUUAACAGCUACGUAUUUUGUGGAUUCUGUCAAAAAUUGUUUCACAAAACCAUCUCCCCCCAACGAUGAGGUGACGUGAACCAAACAGUGUGCUCUUUGCAGGGAAGGCUAGAGAAUCAUCCAGUAAUGCCACACAGAUCAUUAGACGCAGUAAAUGCAGGGAUGUCUGCCUUUACUGUACUACUGGACUACUACUGACAGACGACUUCAGGUUGACUGUAGAUUUGCUGUAACACAUUUCCCUUUUAUCAGUAUUUGAACUGAAAGUGAAUUUCCUGGACAGAACAGAAGCUGAAUUGAUGUUUGUGAACACUUGGUUUACAAAUGCCUUGAAUACUUGAUAUUUGUCAUUAAAAAACAGAAAAAUUGA